UAAUAAUGUGAACCCACGUGAACUUUGUAAAAAAAAGUUUGUCUGAAGCCCGAUCAAGAAACAUUGUGAAUGUUAAUAUAGGUUAACUAAAUAAGUAAAAUUCAUUAGAGCCUGUAUCCACUCUGGAAAAAACAAUAUUCCAAUCAAAACAGAACGCUUGUUCUGAAGAUAGCGUAGCGAGAUAUGUUAAUUUUAGUUUAAAAUAACUAACUUUAAUAGAAGGUAUGUCUGAACUAGUAGAUACUAAACCUCCAGGCAAGAGUUGGCGUGAAAUAAACAAAGAAAGGAAGUCACUAAAACGCAAGCGUAACGAAGAGAAAAUUAUCAAACGCGAGAAAAGGGUUGCCUUGGAAAAGGAAGUCCAAGAUAAGGCUAAAGAAGAAGAAGAGCGCGAGAAGAAGUGUUUAGAAAUUUCUACUGUUAGUAUAGCUGUCCCCAGUUCUAUAUUAGAAAAUGCUCAAUCUGCAGAGCUACGUACUUAUCUUGCUGGACAAAUAGCCAGGGCGGCCUGUGUCUUUUGCGUCGAUGAAGUAAUAGUCUAUGAUGACAUAGGUGAAAAAUUAAAUACAAAAAAAUCUAAAUUAGAGGAUUCUGAUGGUGUGAAAGUGGCUAGAAAGAGUUGUGUACAGUUAGCACGUAUACUCCAGUACUUGGAAUGUCCACAAUACUUAAGAAAGCACUUUUUUCCAAUACAUAAAGAUCUCCAGUUUGCAGGUCUACUCAAUCCAUUGGAUGCUCCACAUCAUUUGAGACAGACAAAUGAUUUUAAAUUCAGGGAAGGCAUUACUAUGAAUAAGAAAGUGAAACCUGGUAAAGGAUCGCAAGUGAAUGUUGGAUUGUUGCAGGAUGUAUCAACUGAUAAAUUACUAAAUCCUGGUAUGAGAGUUACAGUUAGAAUGCUGCCUGCAUUAAAAAAUGGCAAGAAACUAAAAGGGAAGAUUGUUAGUUUAACAACACCAAGGGCAGAGACAGGUGUUUAUUGGGGUUAUACUGUAAGGAUUGCUAGUACAUUGAGCCAAGUUUUCACUCAGUGUCCAUACAAAGAUGGGUAUGAUGUUACAAUAGGCACGUCUGACAGAGGAUUAUCAAUUGACACAUUACCUGAUAAAGAAGUCAAAUACAAUCAUGUUUUGAUAGUUUUUGGUGGACUACAUGGAAUAGAAGCAGCAUUGGAAAGUGAUGAGCAAUUAAAAGUAAAUGAUGCAAGUUUGUUAUUCAAUCAUUAUGUCAAUGUAUUACCGUCUCAAGGAUCAAGGACAAUUCGAACAGAGGAAGCUAUAUUGAUAGCUUUAUCAGGAUUAAGAAAUAAAUUGCAGGCAAAUAAUGAACCAAUGGUGUUUAAAGGUUCUGGCAUUGCUCUUAGUUCUGCAUUCCCUAACUUCAAACCAGAUUCUGAUCAUUCUGGUGCAGAAAAUAAUGUAGAUUUAAGCAGGUUUGAUUAAAAUUGCUUUAGUAAGUAGUGAUUUUUUUUAUU